CUCUCUGUGUGAUGCUUUUUCCGGGGACAGAACAGGAAUGGAGUCUUAGAACUAAGUAACCGAACACUUGCCCUGGGUCCUGGCCAAAUAACAGCUCUGCUGUAAUGCACAGGUUAAUGUUUGACUGAUGCCCUGGUGCUUUCACUUUCCCUUGGUCAGAGUUCACACAUAGCUCCGGGACCCAUUUCCUCAUCUGCCUCAGAACAUUCAUUCAGUUCCUUGGGUGCUCUGUGUGAUGCCAGGACCCCUGGCUCGCUGCAUGGCAUCACCUGGAACAUGCUGAAUCCUUAAGGUCCCUGCCCGGGGUGUCCCCAUGGAGAUGCAGUGGCGGCUCUGUGUGUGCGGCCUGGGGAUCCUCCUCCUGCCACCGUGUUCUCCCUCUGAGAAGUUCUCCCUGGAUGGCUCCCCAAGCCCUGUGGUGGGGGUAGUUGGCCAGGAUGUGGUGUUACCCUGCCAGCUCUCACCCCCAGCCCGGCUGCCCAGCAUGGACGUGCUGUGGAGGAAAAUUGGAACAGGAUUUAUCCCAGUUCACGAGUAUGUGGAUGAGGGUUCCCAGGACCUGCCAGGGGAGGGUUACCAGAACCGGACGGAGCUGUUCCUGCAGGAGUUCAGCCGCGGGAACGUCUCCCUGAAGCUGAAACGACUCCAAGAGGCAGAUGCUGGGACUUAUCAUUGCUUUGUGAAGAACCCAGAAUGGAGCCAGGAAGCCACCACUGAGCUCAGGAUCGCAGCUGUGGCUCCAGUGUUCAUUGACGUGCUGGGCCCCCGGAGUCAGGGGAUCGGGCUGGCCUGUAGAUCCACAGGCUGGUUCCCCAAACCUGAACUCCAGUGGGUUGGAAAGAACUGGCAGAACCUGGCGAUGGAGAUUGUGACCAACAUGACUCAGGACAGGGAGAACCUGUACAGUGUUGUGAGUCACGUCACUGUCACGGAAGGGGAAGACAAUGGAGACAUCAGCUGCAUAGUGCGGAAUGGCCUGCUGCAGACCGAGCGACAAUCGGCCAUUCACCUCUCAGGUGACAUCUUCCCCCAGGUUUCUCCCUGGCUGGCUGCAUUCUGGGUAUUGUUCACUCUGGUUCUCAUUGCUGCUGGAGCUUGUGCAUAUCUUGGAUACACAGUGAAGCGAAAGGCCUCUAAGAAGAAACCCUCUAAAGAGGAGGCUGUGUUCAUUCAUGAUGAUAAGAAACAGAAACUAGCAGAAACCCAAGGGUCAGUGCUUGUGAGAUUCCCUGCAUGUGGCUUCAGCAGUGAGAUGGGCUUGCAGUGA